GUUCGGCAUCAUCGAACAGGUGGCAGUCUCCAAUGCCUCAGAUAAUGCAACCAUCAGCAAGGAUCUCAAGGAGCUUGUUAGAACCGAUGCCCGAAUCAUUUUGUUAUAUUGUAUGGAAGGAGAUACGCUAAACAUCCUACAGGUAGCAAAGAAGCUGAACCUGAUGACGAAUGAGUACCUGUGGUUCCUGACGUUUGAAGCCAUCAACAAGAACAGGCAGCUCAACGCUAACAACUUACCCCUGGGGAUGCUAGGAAUCUACUACGAAUAUCGUGAGGAUGAAAUGGAAGAAGCCAUCAAAACUGCAGUAGCAGUGUGGUUCCGUGGACUUCAUCAGUCUGUAAUGGCAUCAGCACCCCCAGGUGGUUUGCCUACUGGCCUUCCUUGGUCGUUGCCGAAUUUUAACUGCCAGUCAAGACACAUCAUGCGAAACGUCAGCUUUGAUAAUGUGGCAUUCAAUGAACUGGGACAACUGAAGUUCAAGGACAUCACUAUUGUCAACGUGCAGCCUCCAAUGGUCGGGGAGGAAGAUCAGAAAUGGAGGCAGGUUGGUAAGUUUACAACAGAUGGUAUUCAAAUGAGACACAUCACUUGGCCAGGUGAAACAAUUCAUCCGCCAUUGGGGAGACCGAGACGUCACGUUCUGCGAAUUGUGACAAGGGAAGAGCUGCCAUUUGUGGAAUACAGGGAAGCCAGCCAGAACGGAACCUGCGGCCAUUUUUCUUACAUCUGUCAGGUUUUUGAAAGGGAUGAGAACAAAAUGAGAAUCUCCAACGUGACAGUAAAGAGAUGUUGUACAGGCCUCAGCAUUGAUUUCCUUCACAGACUGUCCCAGACUCUGAACUUUGACUUUGUCCUGUAUGAAGUGGAAGACUACCAGUGGGGUACCAAAUUUCCAGACGGGACCUGGGACGGAAUUGUCGGAGACCUGAGGUCAGGAAAGGCGGACAUGGCUGUAGCCUCUAUGACAAUAGAUGAAGACAGAAGAAUCACCUUCAUGGUUGCCAUCCGAGAUGGGGCCAUCUCUACAACAGCAUUCUUAGUUUAUAAAUGUAUAUUAUUUCCAGAACCUUACGACUAUCCUGCCUGGUGCAUCAUACUUGUCUGCAGUGUUCACAUCACUGGAGCCUCUAUUUUUUUCUUCGAGUGGUUCAGCCCUAAUGGCCUCGACCAUGGACGUAGACUGUCUUCCACAUACAAAUUUUCCUUAUUCCGUACUUUCUGGCUGAUGUGGGCCAUGCUGUUUGGUGCUGCAUUCGUGACCAAUAUUUGGGCCUUGUUUGCGCUGGUGUUCACUGCAUCCUACACAGCCAAUCUGGCAGCUUUCAUGAUCACCAAAGAGGAGUACCAUGACUUAACCGGCAUGCAUGACAGGAAGCUGCAGUAUCCGAUGUCAAUGUCACCCCCUUUUCGUUUUGGGACGAUGCCAAAUGGAACCACAGAGAACAAUAUCAAGAAAAACAACCUCCAUAUGUAUGAGUACAUGAAGAGGUACUCACAGCGGUCUGUGGAGCAAGCGAUGGAAGCACUGCUCAAACAAAAGCUGGAUGCCUUUAUCUACGACGCCAGUGUGCUGGAGUACCAGGAGGGUAAAGAUCGUGACUGUAAGCUGAUCACAGUCGGCAACUGGUACGCCACGACAGGCUAUGGUGUGGGAUUUCCUUUUGGGAGUCCGUGGCUCGAGAGAGUUAACAAUGUUAUCUUAAACCUUCAGAGCGAGGGUGAAAUGGAGAGGCUCAAAGAAUUCUGGCUAGCAGGAGCGUGUCACACCAAAAGAAAAAAGAACACCAACAACAGAGGUAUAGGACAUGGAGUGUCCAGUUCAACUCUAGGAAUUCUGAACUUCACCUCUGCUUUCAUCUUCUUAGCAGCGGGGACCUGCCUGGCCAUCCUAACAUUUGUACUGGAGUACAUGUAUUUUUGGUUUGGUCGGAAACGGCUGAGUUCCUGGGACAAGAGGGGAUGUUGUGCGCUGAUUAGCUUGAGUAUGGGAAUGUCGCUCAGCUUUCAAGAAUCAGUUCACGAGGCCUGGGACGCACACCGUAAAUCCAAGCAGAAGUGUACCAGUGCUACAUGCGAGAGCAAACUGAGCAAGGUCAACCGUGAUCUCAGGCUUGCUAGAAUUGAGAUUUAUAGGUUGCAGUCAGAGUUGGC